GAAUGUGAGAGGGGGGAGUGGGGAAACAAGAUAUCUGAAGGAAAGUGAGUGGAAAGUAUUAUAAAAGCAGAGAGAGGGGAGAGAAACGAAGGGACAAUGUAAGAAAAUAAGCACAUUUCCAGGAAGACACAGCCCGAGCGGCCAGAGAGAGAGCUGUAGGAGCAGAGUCCUCAGAAAAGGGUUUCCGUGUUUAUCCACCAGUAACUCGAAAUAUGUUCUGCAAGACGCCUACAGGGGCAGUCAGGGUAACCAGAAUACAACUCGUCCUCUGCUGUACUCUCCUGUCUCUUAUCAUUUACUUCCUUCAUGGACGUAAAGCUGCAACCGGUGUGGAGUCGGCACAUCCAAUCUACCAUUUCUUGGAAAAGAGCAGGGGAAGAAUAAAGAUGGACACGCUGGUCAAGGCAGCAGAACCACAAACUCCCCCGGAGACGCUAUGGGGAGCUCCCUUGGUGUGGGGCGACCAGCGUAACUCAGCGCGGCGCAGGGCUAAACUUGCAAGUCAGGAAAUUCACAUCGGUCUGUUGACCGUCGUGGUGGGAACUUAUGCCCACUUCGUUCGGCGUUUCAUCUCUUCAGCCGAAAUGUACUUUCUCGAUGGUCAGAUUGUGACCUAUUACAUUCUCACAGACAACCCUCGUACUCUCGACCCCCCACUCGACCUGGGGCCUGGACGACAGAUGACGGUGGUUCCUGUGGCGGAGCUCCCCGGCUGGAACAGGUUGGCUCUUCGGCGGAUGGCUCUGGUUGCUGAUGUCAUAAGAGACAUUGGCGAAGAGGUUGAGUACAUCUUCUGUGCUGAUGUUGACCUGGAGUUCGUGGCCCCUGUGGGAGAGGAAAUCCUGGGAGACCUGGUGGCUACGCUGCACGCAGAGCUCUUUGGGAGGCCGCGAAACGCGUUCCCUUACGAAUUUGAAGAAGCCUCAUCAGCUUGCGUGGAAGAGGAUGAAGGAGACUACUACUACACCUCGGAGCUGUAUGGCGGGUUGGUGUCUGAAAUGUACAAACUGGCUCGUGCCUGUUCUAUGCUCAUUCUUCAGGACCAAACUAAAGGCAUAACAGCAAUAGGCCUGGAAGAGAGCUACCUCAACCGCUACCUGAUUGACCACAGGCCAACCUGUGUGCUGUCACCAGAGUACAGCUGGUGGGAUUCAGCCUUGGUCGCCCAUGUGCCUGUACAGAGGCUGGUUUCCUUGGGAAGGCAAUGUGAGGUUUAUAACGAGAAGAAGAAAGAGCUACACAAGUGUUGAGUCAAUCCAAAAUAUUUGAGGCAUUUCACCACGCAUCCAAGUGACUUCUUCUGUCCUGAAUGGCUGGUGGGGAGUUUAGGGCUUAUUUUUAGAGCAUCUGUAGGAGAUGUCCACCUGAAACUCAUAUGUUGAUGAUCCAUUAGUGACCUGCAGAGUACAGCAGUUUGGAUAAAUGGUGAAGUCUUCCAAAAAGUCCCUUUCCUUUAACUUUGUUUAAGAUAUACCAUUAAAGUAUGGAUGUUGACCUUACUCUGACAUGAACUGACAGUACCAUUUGCUGUGGGGAAUGUUAGAGGGUCAAACAUAAGCAAACAGUGUUGUAUAGGACAUGGAGUUAAAAAAGAGAGAGAGAGAGAGAAAACACAUGUUCUAGUCAUCGAAAUUAAAUUCUGAAUUCUGUUUUUCAUGCUACGGCCCGGGGCCAAUAAAUGCAGCCUGCAAUCACGUUGGAGCAAAUAUGCACUGGGUUAAAGCUCCAUUUGUGCGAAUAGAGGUUCUGUGUGUCUGCUAUCUCCUCCACGGCAGACAAAAAAAAAAAAAAAGAAAUUGACCUGUCUCUUUAAACAAAACGCUGCCCUCUCCAUUAAUGUCAGCCUCAGAGAUACUGCUCCAGUGGCUUUGUGGUCAGCGGUGAUAAGAGUCAACAGUGUAAGUGCACACUUUCCCCACAGUGGACAAUCAUUAACUGGAAGAGCUGCUGUUUCAAGGUUUUUAAAAACCAGGUGGGGGGAAAUGGAUCCAACGGGAUGCUCCUUCUCUAGCUUACAUGUGUUUAAGUUUGGGUUUCACCACAAGAAAACCUUGUUAAAAUUGUCCAUAAUGUUCUGACAUUUUUUAAUUUAUCGGUUGGAGUAAAAGGUAAACUCAAAA